GGUUCCCCUUCGCAAACACGACACAUCCCGUUCUUUUACCGCAUGCAACUGGGUAGUGUCAGUGCUUUUGAGAGCAAACUGGACGAGGCUCAACGCGCAUUAGGCCGCGAUCCAGCCUCGGAUGUGCCGGUACAGUACGUCGCCGACAGUAGCAUGAGUCGAGAAAUGCUCGGCGCCGUACCCGGCCUACUCAUGGCCGCGGCCUUGUACGGAAUGAUGCGCUUUGCCGCCGGAGGUGCCGGUGCAUCAGCUGGUGGACGAGGAGGAAUGGGCGGAAUCUUCCAAAUUGGUAAAUCGACGGCCAAAAAGAUUAACAAAGAAGACGUCACCGUAAACUUCGCGAGCGUGGCCGGGUGUGACGAAGCGAAGAAGGAGAUCAUGGAGUUUGUCGACUUUCUCAAAGAUUCCGAUCGCUUUACCAAACUCGGUGCCAAAAUUCCGAAAGGCGCACUCUUGUGCGGACCGCCCGGUACCGGUAAAACGCUUCUGGCCAAGGCCGUGGCGGGGGAAGCCGGAGUACCCUUUUACAGUAUUUCCGGUUCCGACUUUAUCGAGAUGUUCGUCGGCGUGGGCCCUUCCCGAGUUCGUGAUCUGUUUAGUGAAGCUCGUGCCAACGCACCUUGUAUUGUCUUUAUUGACGAAAUCGAUGCCGUUGGCCGACAGCGCGGCCGCGGUGGUAUGGGUGGGAACGACGAACGGGAGAAUACGCUGAACCAAUUGCUCGUGGAAAUGGACGGGUUUGAAACAAGCACCGGUGUAGUGGUGCUGGCCGGUACGAAUCGCGUGGAUAUCCUCGAUCAAGCUCUGACCCGACCCGGCCGAUUCGAUCGCCAAAUUACCGUCGACAAACCCGAUCUCAAGGGUCGUCGGGAGAUUUUUAAAGUCCAUUUGCAAGGAAUCACCUUAGAAGACGACGUGGAAGAUGUAGCGGGUCGUUUGGCAGGUUUGACGCCGGGUUUUGCCGGGGCGGAUAUUGCUAAUAUUUGCAACGAAGCAGCCAUUGUGGCUGCCCGCCGUGCGGGUGAAACUGUGAUCAUGAACGACUUUGAAAAAGCAACCGACCGUAUUAUUGGAGGAUUGGAGAGUAACAAAAUUAUGUCCAUGGAAGACCGAAGUAUUGUCGCGCACCACGAAGCUGGACACGCUGUUGCGGGCUGGUUUCUGGAACAUGCUGAUCCUUUGCUGAAGGUGACCAUCAUACCGAGGUCCAGCGGAGCGCUUGGUUUCGCCCAGUAUUUACCAAAGGAAGUGUUCCUGCGGACGCAGGAUCAAAUAAUGGAUAUUGUCUGCAUGGCCCUUGCGGGACGUGCCGCGGAAGAGAUCUUUUUUGGACGCGUCACUACUGGUGCUUCGGAUGAUCUACGACGCGUUACGGAUCUGGUAUAUAGCACAAUACAAUUAUAUGGAAUGAACAGCCGUCUGGGGCAGCUUUCGUUCCCUAAAGACCCGAAUGCAAUGUGGGAAGACCGGCCGUACUCCGAAAAGACUGCAAAAGCUAUGGACGAAGAAGCUAAACUUACUGUGGACUCAGCUUACGAACGGACCCUGAACCUCCUGCGGGAAAAGAAGGAUGAUUUGGAAAAAGUUGCGAAUAUGCUGUUGGAAAAGGAAACCAUUACACACGACGACAUUCUGGAGCUAAUCGGACCCCGUCCGUACGCGGGAGACCCGGCGUACGACGAAUUCGUCAAGCGAGUCAAGAAAGUCAAGUCCGAAAUUCCUGAGGAAGAUGUAGCUACCGACACGGGCCCAUUGACUCCAGGACUUGCAUAG